CAGCAGCAGCAGUGCCUCUCUCCGCUUCACCGUGGUGCGCCCCAGACGCGCUCUUUCUAGUUCAGGAUGGGCUCGUCUCCGUCUCCUUGCCUUCACCUUUCUCACUGACCGUGACGCUGCUGUAGUUUGGUGGGAGUUUGUGCGGAAGGAGCAGAUCCUCUCUCCGCUGUUUCGCCUUUCCACUACUGGCUUUUUUUUUCUUUUUGAUUGGACUGCCACUGUACUCUCAUCUCCGGGCUGCAGUUCCGAGAUGGGAAUGUAUUUGCAUCUGCUGCUCUUGCAGUACUAUUUCGUCACGAGUUUUGUAUGCAACGCCGUCGCCUUCGUGGAGGAGCCCUCCGGAGGCAGGUCGGACGGGUACUGCGGGCGGAUCCUCCGGGCGCCGACCCAUGGGACCCGGAAGGAUGGACACCAUGAGUUCAGGCUCAGAGUGGAGGGGGACCCGGAAACCUACCAACCUGGCAGGACCUACAGAGUGGUCCUCCUGGCAACCAGCCCUGCUUAUUUCAGAGGAUUCACCCUCAUCGCGCUGAAGGAGGGCAGAGAGGGCACCACAGACGAUGACUACGCCGGCCAGUUCCAGAUCAUCGAUGAGGAGGACACGCAGUUCAUGACCAACUGUCCCCCCGCAGUGACGGAGAGCACGCCUCGCAGACGCACCAGGAUACAGGUGUUCUGGACGGCACCGCCGACUGGGACUGGCUGUGUUAUACUGAAGGCCAGUAUUGUCCAGAAGAAAAUCAUCUAUUUCCAGGAAGAGGGCUCUCUCACCAUUCGGCUUUGUGAGAAAGAGCGUGUGUUUGGUGAAGCUACGGGAGCUCCUGCCUUGGAGUGCUGCGCCUGUGGAACAGCCAAGUACAGACUCACCUUCUACGGCAACUGGUCGGAGAAAGUGCAUCCCAAAGACUAUCCGAGACGAGCCAACCACUGGUCGGCUCUGAUUGGUGCGUCCCACUCCAGAGGGUACGUGCUGUGGGAGUACGGAGGCUACGCCAGUGAGGGAGUCCGUCAGGUUGCUGAGUUCGGUUCCCCGAUAAAGAUGGAAGAAGAGAUUCGACAGAAGGGAGAUGAGGUACUGACUGUCAUUAAAACUAAGGCUCAGUGGCCAGCGUGGCAGCCGCUCAACCUGCGAGCAGCUCCAUCAGCAGAGUUUUCUGUGGACCGGACCCGUCACCUGAUGUCCUUCCUCACCAUGCUCGGGCCCAGUCCAGAUUGGAACGUGGGGCUGUCAGGAGAGGACCUCUGUACCAAGGAGUGUGGCUGGGUGCAGAGGCUGGUGACAGACCUCAUUCCCUGGGACGCAGGCACUGAUGGUGGUGUCACAUAUGAGUCACCCAACAAGCCUACCAUCCCUCAGGAGAAGAUCCGACCCCUGACCAGUUUGGACCACCCCCAGAGCCCAUUCUAUGACCCCGAGGGAGGGGCAAUUACCCCUGUGGCCAGGUUGGUGGUGGAACGCAUCGCCAGGAAGGGAGAGCAAUGUAAUGUGGUCCCAGACACCAUAGAUGACAUUGUAGCCGAUAUUGGACAAGAAGAGAAAGAGGAAGACGACACACCGGAGACAUGUAUCUACUCAGGCUGGUCUCCGUGGUCGGCGUGCAGCAGCGCUACAUGUGAAAAAGGCCGCAGGAUGAGGCAGAGGAUGCUGAAGGCCCAGCUGGACCUCAGUGUGCCGUGUCCCCACACUCAGGAUUUCCAGCCCUGCAUGGGCCCAGGAUGCAGUAUGGAGGAACCUUCGACGUGCAUGAUGUCGGAGUGGAUCAGUUGGUCGGCCUGCAGUGUGUCCUGUGGGAUGGGCAUGAGGUCCAGAGAGCGAUACGUCAAACAGUAUCCCGAGGACGGCUCGCUCUGCCAGCUCCACACCGAGGAGACCGAGAAGUGUGUCGUCAACGAUGAAUGCUCGCCCAGCAGCUGUGUGGUGACUGAGUGGGGGGAGUGGGACCCCUGCAGCGUCACCUGUGGGAUGGGCAUGAGGAGACGUGAGCGCAUGGUGAAGAUGCCUCCUAUAGACGGAUCAAUGUGUAAAACUGAGGUGGCUGAAGUGGAGAAAUGCAUGAUGCCCGAAUGCCAUACCAUCCCGUGCAUGCUGUCCCCGUGGUCGGACUGGAGCGAGUGCAGUGUGACGUGUGGGCGUGGAGUGCGAACACGUCAGAGGAUGCUGAAGUCUGAUCCUGCAGAGUGCAGCGAGGAGCUGGAGCAGACGGAGAAGUGCAUGCUGCCCGAGUGCCCUGUCGACUGCAUGGUCUCUGAGUGGUCGGAGUGGUCAGAGUGCAACAAGUCCUGCGGUAAAGGACACACCAUCCGAACCCGCAUGGUCAAGCUGGAGCCGCAGUUCGGAGGCAGCACUUGUCCCGAGACCAUCCAGAGGAAGAAAUGCAAGAUCAGGAAGUGCCGGACGAAAACGAAGGAGGAGAGAGGGGGAGGGGGAGGUGGAGGUGGUGGGAAGAGGAGGAGGCGGGGUAAACAAGGUAGAGACGCAGCGCUGGAGGAACAACCAGCAGGUUGCAGGAUGCAGCCGUGGAGCAGCUGGACGGACUGUACCAAACCGUGCGGAGGGGGGAUCCAGGAGCGUUUCAUGAUGGUGAAGAAAAGAGCAAAGGGCGCUCUGGCUGCCGGCUGUAAGGACCGGAAGGAGAUCCGUGCCUGUAACGUUCAUCCUUGCUAGGGGGCACUACUGAGCUACAGAGGAGGGAGGGGAGGGGAGCUGAGAA